AUGCCUCGCGCCAACGAUCCCACCCACAAGAUCUUUUACAAGGGUCGCUCGGAGGACUUUAUUGUCUUCGUUGAUGACCUGGGGAUCCUGCAGAAGUGGAAAGGUGACCGCAGCGUCCCAUUGACUGAUGUGCUCAACGGGUGGAAGAUAUUUGUAACUCAUAGCCACGGCGCCCAAGGCGUUCUUGACAGCGCCAGCAAGAAUGCUCUGGAGAAUGAGUUCGGUACCUCCAAGGACGAUGAAUGCCUUGUCAAGAUCCUGGAGGGCGGCGAGUACCAGACCAGCACGACACGCGAGCGUGAAGGCACCAAGAACGACUCCAUGGGCUCCAUGGGUAUUACCCGGUAA